AUGUCUCGAGUCACAUCUGGGCCGUAUCACCAUUUUCGCCCUGAGCUCUACCAGAUGGAGAGGCACAAGCUAACUGCAUUGGAUCUUCAUGACGAUACAUUAGCAUGGAUAUGGGCAAUUGAUGCUUUGUUCCUGCACUAUCAUUUGCAUACUUGCAACCACACUGUUGAUUCUGCAGGUAUGAAAUUGACAGAUGAUAUAUUCAUGCUGGCGAACCAAAUUCCUCUUGUUGUGUUAGAAGAAAUCCAGAAAGCUAUCCAAUUCCAAUCCUCUUGUGCUAAUAAUAAAGAAGGGGAAAUAACUAGGUCUGGGGUUGAUGACAGUGUCGAAAAAUGGACAGUUUCUAAUGAUGCCAAUGUCAUUUGUAAGUUUUGUAAAGCAUUCUCCCCACUUAAAUUGUUAGAUCACGUGCUAUGUCCGCCUGACCCCAAACCUGUGCAUCUACUAGAGUAUUUGUACUGUUUAACUGUAAACUAUCUGAACUCUAUGGUAGAGAUAGAUUUUAAGACUCGGACUGAUCAUUCACAGAACUUAGGAAAGGGCCUGGAAACAGUUCAAAAACUUAUCAAGUCCAUAAAGGUAGUGCCAUUGGAGAUGAUUCUUUCUGUAUUCGGAAAAAUCGAAAACCAAAAUUCACUGGACGAGAUUGAAAUUCCUUGGGCGUCGACCCUUCAAAAAAUUGGUGGAGUGACGUUUGCCGUCACGGAAUGGGGUUUGAUCCUCGAGCUUCCAGAAUACGUUGAUUUGAUGUGUGGGAUUAUAGAUACUGUAGAGGACGUGAAGAUCCUCCAUGACAAGAAAACCGUCAUCAAAGACAAUCUAUCUCAUGAUCAAAUUACUAAUAUUUUUAACAGGAUAAAAAAAUCAACUGGCAUUGAUAAGAAAUCUGGACUGGAGAAAGCGGUUGACGAAGUUUACAAACAUUAUGGAAGUCGGCUAGGGGUGAAGGCAUGGAGAUCUAUCAAGAAAUGUCGGAAUUCGUCAUGGAAUUUUGUCCAAGCCUCGUGA